GUUUUCUGUGGAAGAUCGAGGAGGAGGUUUCUUGUCGUAUUUUCAAGCUCCGAUGUGCGAACGAUGUAUGCGUAAGGAGGCGUGCCUUAGAUAACGCGACAGAGGAGCCAGAGGAGGGGGUCGAGGUGGCUCUCAUCAGAAUGGCUCCUUAAUGGAAUAAAGGGAAGCCCCACGACAUGAGCAGCCUCGACUCCAGGGGGGGAAACCUGCUGCUGGCACUGAGUUGGCCCUGUUAGUCUGGCACUGGCACUCGUAGCUCUCUGGCGGUGGCACUCUCGGCGCUUGUGACUUGGCCCAGGUAGUUUGUCACUGGCACUCGCGGCUCUCUGGCACUGGCACUAUAGGCUCUCGUGAGGUUACCAUGGCAGGCAAAGCGAGUACUCGGAUCCUCCUGGUGACGGCCAACAUCGCCUCGUGCUUUGAACAGCCUGACACCAUGCUGAAACCAUGGAUCACAGAAUUUUUAAAGACUGUUGAGGACCAUGAGCCACAGUUCAUUGCGCUCCACUGCCAGGAAGUUGGAGGAAAGAAUUAUGAAGAAAGUAUGCAGCAUGUUGAGCAUUUUGUCAGGUCACUGCUGAACAGAGGGACUAUGUUACCAUAUGACAAGAUUAGAGUUUUCCUAGAUGAGGAGUACGAGUCUGCCGAAAAGUUCACUGCCCUGGGUAAUCUUUACUUCAUCCAUCAAAACAUUCAAGAUGUACAGAUUUGGGAUUUUGAAGAGAAAAGAUUUACCGACUGUGUAGACAGAAGAGAGUACUCAGGUAAUAUAGAGGAUGUGCCAAGUAAGGAGAAGUCAAAGUUCCCACAAGAGUUCUUCCCCGAGUGCAAGUGGUCUCGGAAAGGUUUCAUGAGAACGAGAUGGUGUUUAAAUGGUACCAAGUUUGACCUUGUGAACAUCCAUCUAUUUCAUGAUGCAUCAAAUUUCAUUGCCAUGGAGGAGUUUCCAUCAGUAUACAGCCUCAACAGAAAGAGAGCAUUGGAACACACAUUAGACAGAUUCCAUAAUGAUGGCUUUGAAAAUGUUCCUCUCUUCAUAUUUGGUGACUUCAACUUUAGGGUGAACACUCAUGGGGUUGUGCAGUCUUCAUAUGUCAGUUAUUCAGAUUGUUAUAUGGUGGACAGAGGCAAGCCCUGUCAGCCACACAUACUUACCGGAGCAGAGGCCAAGGGCAUCCCAAAUUCUUCCAGAGGCAAUGAAAACUUGACAAAUGGGUGCACACCAGAGGAUGCUGAAUUACCCAACACUGGUGAGAAGGCAAAGGAGUACAAGGACAACAAGGGCAAGGUGCAGCUAAUCAUUUCUAAGAAGACCUUCAGGCACUCUGAGCACGACACAAUAUUUCUCAAGGAUAACGGCAGCUUGCUAAAAGAGUUUGAUCAGGAAAUUGACCAGUUCAAGGAAAGAUUAACAGAGUUUCCGAUCAGCUUCCCUCCAAGUUAUCCAUUUGAGGAAGGUGCUGGUGGCAAUGGCUCACACUACAUGAAGACCAGGUGUCCCUCUUGGUGUGAUAGGAUCAUCCUUGACAAAGCAGCCAAAAAACUAGUGGAUUCAAGUAAUGGGAAGGUGGCAUACAAUCUCAUUGGCUUGGAUGUGACAAUGGGUGAUCACAAGCCUGUGGGUCUUUGUUUGGAGGUGGCCAUGGGAGCAGGUAUAGUGCCGUGUUGCUCUCCUGAUGCACCGUGCCGUAACUUUGUGCAUGAACCUGAUGCUCAGUGUUUUGUGCAGGCGGGUUGGUGCCUGUGUCAGUCAUACCCAGCCUGCCCGAGACCUGUAGUCAAGUCUGUGUGCCCCAACAGUAGUACCCUGUCCUCUCUCCCAGGCCAGGUUCUCCCCAUGAGCCAAGCGGCUGCAUGUGUUAACCCGGUAAGGGUAGACGUUGCUCCUGCCCCACUUAGUGUCUGCAGUCCUGGACCAUGUUCGGUGCCUCAGUGUGUUUGUAGUGCUGGUGCUAGUGAAGAGAAAAUCUCACACCAUUGUCAUUGUGGCCAUCCGUCAAGAGAACAGCCAGUCAGACCAGCAGGUGGAGUCGAAUCACGUGACCUUUUAAGAAAUCUUUUAAUGCUUGGUGGAAAUAGUACAAACAAUCAAGCUGUUGACGGACACGAACAGUUACUGAAAAGAGUAAACUCUGCACCUAACACCGCAAUAUCUCCACCAAGAGUGUAUCAUCAUGCCCCCUUAAUAUCUUCUCAUUCCUUGGACACUGGAUGCUGUUUGCAUCACACAUAUCCUCCUCCUAAACUUCGCCUCAGAGCAAGUUCCUCCAGGUUGAUUUCCCAUCACAGUUCCUCCACAGAAGAAUGGUUUGAAGAAGUUCCUGUGCCUGAUCCUUCAUUUGGCACAGGAGAAACAGACCUGCAGUGCAGAUCAGUUCAGUCCACACAUGCAGAGACUGCAGGGCAGGUGAACCCACCAGUCGAGCUUAAUUUAUGUGUUAGUGUGGAUAAGCCACCCCCUCAGCAGUCUGAGGAAAGCCAUCUUGAAGACACUCAUUCAUGGUCAUCAAUUACACAUACUGGUACUUUAGAGGAUUCAGGAGGCAGCGGGGCUGAGAGUGCAGGUGUAGACAGCAGAGAUGGCAAUUGCAAAGAAGUUGAUGAAGUAAGCAACAGACAGGUGAGCACAGAGCAGCACUCUCUCAACAAUCUGCUUCUCACCGACAGUUGUGAUCGCCUUUCUGCCAAGCAUUUAAAUCAAUCAGAAUCAAGCUUAAGUUGUACUCAAUACAGUGAAGACAGUGCAUCUAGCAUGGGACGACCACUUAAAGAUGGAGAGACAGUCUCUCAGGCCCCAACCUUUGACAUUGCAGACUUAGAUUCUGGUGAUAUUAGUUCCGCAAAACAUAAUAAAAAGUGCCAAAAAUCUAGCCACAAACCCCAAGUUGCUGUGAUGCUGUGCUGA